CUCACAUUGAACUGCGAAACCACCAAGGAUGAGGUCAAGGAGUACUUUCAUAGACAUCAGCGUGAUUUGAAGAAACGAGAAGAUGCAUUCUUGAACGAGAUCGAUUCUUUCCAUGCUACGGAAAGUAGGCUGAUGAGUAAUUUACGCGAUGUUCUCGAGAUCGAAUCGUCAAAUAUGAGUGAGGCAGUGGCUAGACUCGAUGCAGCUUUGAAGGGAGAAUGCACUCUCGAAGAUUCGGAACUUGUCCGUUUGAAGAACACCUUUUCCGAGGGUUUGGAGUACCUAAGAAAUUUCCAGCCUGAUGCUGACGAGCUAUUCAAUCGCAAAGUUAGAUUCUCAGCUGGAGAUGAUGCUGCCAGAUUGCCUCAGUCUAUUGCCACCUGUGGAGAACUGUGUGUGCUCAUGCCUCAGUUCGCCGGAAGAUAUUUACCAUUGGAACAGUCAUAUCUGCCACGUCCUUUCCGUCUACCUCUAGAAAGCGAUCAACAUCGUUCUCGUCACGAGGAUGCAAGGGCUAACGACAGGGAUCGGCCGUCAUCUAGAGUCACUGCACGUGAUCUCGACGAAGGCUCAAUCAGAUAUCGUCGUCGUCAACAACUAGAGGAAGAAGCUUGGAAUCGUCUUCGCGGACCAUCCGACAGAAAUGGAGCAUCAUCGUCCGAACCUGAGCGAUCUCAAGUCGGAAGAAGCCCAUGGUCCAAACCUCCAGAAGCCUCAUCGCUAAAUGCAACCCCUGCUCCAGAAAAUACACCGAAAGAGGUAACACCGGAAUGA